AUGUCCAAACCUGGUGAAGGUGGAAUCUAUGUAGGAGAUGGUAGAUUUUCUCCAAUCAACGGGACGAUAGGAAAAUAUUUGAAAGGUGGUGAUGCAAAUUGCAGCGCCGUUGGAUCGGCUGGGGGCGGUAGAAGCGGGUAUUUCGGCGGUGGCGGUGGUGCAGAUCUGGCAGGUGGUGGUGGUGGGAGCAGCUACGCAUCGCCAGAUCUGUACAACGUCAUUUUACUCGGUGGUGACAAAACAUUCAAUUCACCGAGUGGAAAUCCCGUCAUCGGCCACACUGGCGAUGGUUUCAUCCGAAUUGAACCAUCGAGUCCUUUCACUCUUGAGAAGAACCUCAUUGGCUGCAAAUGUUCUUGCCCACUAAAUAACUUUAUUUUGUAUUCUGCUCAUCUUUUCAGCAUUGGACUGGUCUCUCUGAUGCUUGCAUAA